AUGAAAGGAUCUCUUGUGUGUGGUUCGUGUCCACAGGGUCAAUACAACGCCAACACGGAUUCUGACGAAACCUGCGACUGGUGUGCCAAUGGUGUGAGGCAAGGUGCCUGUGUCGCCUGUCAGGCUGGGCAAUACCAAGACCAAUAUGGCUCGUCAGCGUGUCUCCCGUGCCCAAGCGGGAGCUACCAAAACGAAAGUGGGUCUGCAGAAUGCCUUCCAUGUCCACCUGGGCAAUUCCAAAGCGAAACUGGGUCUCAGACCUGCAUACCGUGCGCUGUAGGAGAGUACCAGAACCAGAACGGGUCAACGUCAUGUUUGCCUUGUCCGGUCGGGCAGUUCCAGAGUUCUUCUGGGCAGGCAACUUGUUCCCUCUGCCAAGCGGGCCACUACCAAGAUACCAUCGGUCAGACAACCUGUUCCUCUUGCCCUGCUGGUCAAUAUCAGAACUCAACCGGGCAGUCAACCUGUAUCCAGUGCCCUGUGGGGCACUACCAAAGCUCUGUAGGACGGGCGGCCUGCACAGCCUGUCCCAUUGGGCAAUACCAGAGUGCAGCUGGAGCGGUAUCUUGUGUCAGUUGUUCAUCUGGGUCCACAACGGCGGCAACAGGGUCCACAAGUGCGUCUGACUGCGUUGUUUCAGAUCCUAAUUGUGGGCCAGGGUAUACUUUACAAUACGCAGGUAAAAACUACUACUUCGGUGACCCAAAACAGGGACGGUCGCAGGAGGCGGCCCAGACGUGCUGUCAAAACAUGGGGAUGAUCCUUGUUGCCAUAAACGACGCACAAGAAUGGAACUUUGUUGACUCCAAUGUAGCCUCCACCUCAUAUAAUGGAUACUGGUGUGAUGCGGAGUGUAUCAAUAGUGUCUGUAUUUGGAAGAACAGUCCCAACUCAGUAUUUUACAAUCCCGGGGUUGGGGGAGGUGCAAUAGAUGGAGCAGGGAAUGAACCGUGCCUCGUUAUGAAAUGGGCUGGUGGCAUCGAUUACCAAGAUCUUGCUUGUACAAGCACUAGCUACAACGCUGGGUUUGUGUGUGAAUAAUAGACACAUUUACCUAUAUUUCUACGUCAAUGGCGGCAAAUAAUGAUCAGAAUGGCCAAGAUUAAACAGGUGCACUGUUAGCCACCAAUAGGGGUAAUAACGAUACAGAAAACACAGAGAAACUCUGUUUGAGAUUGUCCGCCAUACCCCCCAAGGCAAGCUUUGGCUAUCUAAAUCAUAAUUUUGUUUGUAUUACUAUUUAUUACUUUAGAGGCAUACAAUGCAUGUCAGAAUCUGUUUAUUUAGCAAAAAUAAUAGCAAAAAAUAGUG